AUGGACGUCCGUGAUGUCUCCGCGCUGCCGCAGUACUUUGAGUACCUCCAACGUCAUAAGAAAACCCUCCAGAGAGCACAAAGCCGCAAGGGCAUGCGGGCAAGGCCGAGAAUGGCUAGAGAUGAGCUCAUCUCACAGUUUAUGUUUCGACACCUGAUGAACGCCGGGGAACCUUCCGAGACCGAGGCGAAGAUUCGGUCGUCAUUUCUCCCACUAGCCUACCCUCCGUGCGUUGCGAGUUUAGAUCAGUUAAGCAAGUCCAUGAUCAAGGACCUUUGCCUCGAAGUCCAUCACAGGGGACAUUACCUCUUACUGAGGACAGUGACUCCCACCGAUACUAUGACUGCCGUUAUGGCCAUUGUGGAAGAUGAAGAAGGGGCAGUCCUUAUGCUGCAGCUCUACAACCAAGGACAGGAACUGUCAGGUGCACAGGAGCUAAUAGAGGGGACCGUGUUAAUCGUCAAAGAGCCGUAUGUGAAAGUGAUGGCAGAUGGUAACUACGGCAUCAGAGUUGACCACGUCUCCGACGUUAUGUUUCUUCCCGAGUGUGACGACCGGAUCCCGUUGUCCUGGCGAACGCGGAUCGCUCACGAUGAUGGAUCGCCCAGCUUCUGGAAAGAAAGAGGGAAUGCCAUGUUCAAUCAGGGUAAUUAUCGCGGUGCUCUCCAGUGCUACUCACGCACACUUGUGACCUCUCCCUCGCCCGAGCUGGCCAUGACCACCCGACUGAAUCGGGCCCUCACCUUUCUCCGAAGCCACCAGUUUGAUGCAGCGCUCGCCGAAGCAGAAACAGUCUUGCACGUAUCGCCGAUUUCCGAGAAGGCUCUCUUCCGCAAAUCCCAAGCUCUUUACUAUCUGGGAAGGUUCCAGCAAUCGUACGACACUCACAAGCUAAUUGCAGAGCACUACCCGGAGAAUGAGAUGGCCAAACGUGAAUUCGCGCGAACCUCUGCCCGGCUCAUGGAACAGGAAACAGGCCAGUAUGAGUUCAAGAAAAUGCAGCGGGAAGCACGGAAACUUCGGCCCCCGCACCUCCAUCGUGGCACUUACAUAGGCCCGGUGACGGUGAAAGCGACUCAGUCGCACGGCAAGGGCUUGUUUACCACAGAAGCCGUCAAGGCUGGUGAUCUGCUGUUCUGCGAAAAGGCUCUGGCCUAUGCCUUCCACGACGAGACCGCCCCCAAGGAGUUGAGUCUGCUGCUCAACGCGGAGACGGACAAUGUUACUCUUGGCAAGCAGGGAGAAUUGAUUGAAGCGAUCGUCCAGAGACUCUACAAGAACCCUUCCCUGCUGCCUUCAUUUGCCGAUCAUCACCACGGCACAUACAAACCCGUCAACGUCCAGGAGGCGGAUGGUUUGCCGAUUAUAGAUAGCUUCCUCGUCGAACGAAUUGUUCAGCUGAACUGUUUUGGAUGCCCUCUGCUAUCCCGCGACAGUCAUAUAGGCGCUAUGUCCAGCGAUGAUACAGCUCAGAAGGCCGACAAAAAAUUCAAUUCCUGUGGGUUCUGGCACAUGGCGUCAUACAUUAAUCAUUCUUGUUUGAGCAAUGCCCGCCGCUCAUUCAUUGGAGAUAUGAUGGUUGUUCGUGCCACACAAGAUCUGGCUCCAAACACGGAACUCACUUUCUGGUACAAAUCACCCAUCGACAAUGAUUCCGAAGGGCGGCCAGUUGAUCUACAGCACUGGGGCUUCCGUUGCGACUGCAACCUAUGUCGAGAUAUCCAAAAUCUCGACAAACCCACUCUCUCCACUCGAACACGACUUCAGGCCGAUCUGAAGCGAUUAUUCAAAGCAAAGAAGAUGAAAUUCCAGACAAUCGAAGAUACCAUCACAAAGCUUGAAGGCACCUACUCUCACCCCGCCUCGGAGGUACCUCGCCUUGCAGUUUGGUCGGCCCAUCUGUCACUUGCUGCUGCUUACCUGGCCUUCCACAACCCCGAAAAGGCCGUCGCCUCGGGACUACGCACCUUACAGUCGCUUGGGUACGUGGUUGAGGGCGGUGGCAUUCCACCUGUCCGCGACACCUCGCUCCUAGUGCAGAAGUGGGGAUUGAUGACUGAUGGGGUUGUUGGUUGUUGGAUGAUUCUCAGCCAGGCGUAUCACCAAGUUGCGCCUGCUCUUGAGCCACAAGCCCAUGCAUACGCCAAAUUAUCCUACAAGAUCUGCGUGGGAGAAGAUGAAACCUUCGAUGCAACAUAUGGAAGAGCCUCAGCCCGGGUCGAUGGCCUCCUUGCCACUCCCAGAUAA